AUGACGGAAGAAAAAUGUAUUUUUAUUAUUCUACCUGAUGUCACUAAUAAUUUUAAAGAUGAUGAAGUUAUAGAAAAAUUAGAGGAAAAAAAUUUUAUAAUUUUAAAUAAAAAAAAAGUGCACUUAACAAAACUUGAUAUAAAAGAGAUAUUUACUUACAAGCCUGAACAAUACAAUAAUAUAGAUGAUUUCUAUGAAUAUAUAGAAAGCGGCUUGAGUGUUAUUUGUUUAAUAGAGCACCGAGAUGGAGAAGCACGCACAAAAUUAAGACGUUUAAUAAAGCAUACGUCGAUAAUUAUAAAGGACGAAUCCUAUUUCGAAUGCUUGGAAUAUCAGUGCAAUUUACAAUGUAAAGACAUACCAUUUUAUUUCAGCAAAAAUGAGUGGUAUUUUAUUCGAGACAUGAAUUAUUUUUUCCCUCCACUCGAUAAAACUAAUUUGGAAAGAAAUUUAAUAAUAAUAAAACCCGAUGUUAUAGAAAAAAACAAAAUAAGUGAUGUAAUAAAUGACAUAUUGAAUUUUAAUUUAUUAAUUGUUUCUGUAAAAAGAGAGAUACUAACUAUUGAGAAAGCAAAAAGACUUUAUGAGGAUAUAGUGGAUAAGGAAUAUUAUAGCAGCUUGAUAGAUUUCAUGAGCUCAGACAAAGGAAUAGUUUGUCUUAUUGUAGAGGGAAUAAAUUGUAUAAGCCGAUGUCGAAUACUAUGUGGUGAAUCUUUAUCAAAAAUGAAUUUUGAAGAUAUUCCAACUAGCUGUUUAAAAAGGAAAUAUGGGACUAACGAAAUUAUGAACGGAGUGCACCUUCCUGAUGAUUGCAAAAUAGACAAAGAAAUAAAUAUGUUUUUUUCUAAAAGCCAAUUUAAAAAUGAAAAUGUAAUUUUAGUAAUAAAAAAAAGUUUGGGAAAUCCUGAAAAAUUAACAAUGUUAAGAAUGUAUUUAAAGAAUUAUGGGUUUAAGAUAUUAGAAGAGAAAAUAGUUAAAAAUGAUAAAAAUGUUUUAAAGGAGUUAGAAAAAGAAGGAAUAAAUAAAAUAGCUAAUUGGGAUAAAGAGAAAUUUAUGAUAAUUAUAAUUUUAUCUAGAAUAAAUUGUAUUACUUGUUUAUUUUAUUUAAUGGGAUCAAAAAAUGUAAAUGAAUCCAAAAUAAAAAGACCAAAUAGUAUUAGAAGUAUAUUUUGUAUAAAUAAUGAUGAUAUUAUUUUAGUAAAAAAUAUAAAUAACAUCAAAUUUUUAACAAAAAAAUUUUUUAAUAAUGGAAAAUAUAAUGAUAUAAUUACAGUAGAACAAAUAAAUAAUUUUUUUUUUUGUAAAAAUUUUAAUUUUUUUAAAAAUAGACAUGAUAAUAUAAAAUUAAAGAAUGUUUUUAUUGAAUGCUUUCGAAAUUUAUGUCAAGAAAAGCCAAAUGCCAAUAUUGCAAACAUGUGGAUAAGUCAAUGGAUAGACAAAUACAUGAAUUUAAAUUUAGAUAAUUUAGAUAAUUUAGAUAAAAAUGUAAAACGGCAUAAUGAUAUAUGUUAUAGUAACCAGCAUGAGGGAUAUACAUGUGAAGAUAUGGAGUCCAAAAGCGAAAAAAAAAGCGAAAAAAAUGAAAAAAAGAAUAAAAACUUUAUAAUAAUACCAAAUAUAAAUGAAACAAACGAAGUGAGCGAAAUAAAAAUAAUAAAAUAUUUUGAAAAAUUAAAUUAUAUUAAUUUGAAUCUUAAUGAGUUAUGUAAUAAUGAAGAAAAAAAUAAUUCUUUACUUGGAAAAAAAAUUGAAUAUACAAAAAAAAAAUAUAAAAAUUUAACUGUCGAAUUAACAAAAAGGGUUUUAAAAAAAACAUUAGAAAAAAAUAAAUUAUAUAAUAAAUUUAUUCUAACAAAUUUUUCACAUAUUAUUGAUAUUUCAAAUUUAAUAAAAAAUGAAAUAAUUUCUGAUUCUUUUUGUCUACUUGGAAAUUUUGCGAAUAAAGUUGACUUAAAAAAAAAUUUGAAUAAAAAUAAUGACUAUAACGAUUUUUUUUUAUUUUUAAAAGAUAAAAAUAUAAAUGGAAUUGGACAAUUUGAGUGUAAUUCUAUAGGACAAGAAUUUUUAAAUAAAGGGAAAAUACUUAUAUAUAGAAAUAUAGAUAAUUAUUAUCUUGAAUUUAAAAAAAAAUUUAAAAAUAAUAUAAUAAUUUUUUUGGGUGUUAAAACAAAAAAAUUACAAAAUAUUAUUAAUUUUCUUAUAGAUAAUUAUAAUUACAUUUUUAUAAAUCAUUUAUCUUUGUCAAAUGGUAAAACUAGAUGCAUAAACAAAAGAGGAGAUGAAGAGAACCACUAUGAUUCCACUAUUGGAGGAAUACAUUACAAACAAAACUAUGAAAAUAAUGACGACACAGAUGAAUAUUUUUUGUCUGAGACAUAUUCUCCUGACUCUUCAUCUCUCAUCUAUUCGAAUAUUAUUGAAAAAAUUAUUAAAUUGCAAAAUGAUAAUUAUAAAAAUAUGAUUUUAUGCAACCCUCCAAUUAACGAAAAGUAUAUUAACUUGGUCAUAAAAAAGACACACUCAAAUAUAAAAUAUUUUUAUUUUGAUUCUAAAAGGGAUCUACAAUUUAAAGAAGUGUUCACUAAAGGGGUGGGUGGAAAAGAAAAUUUGUCUAAUAACUAUAAGAGUAUACUAAGUUACGAGUUUUAUCAAAAUGAAAUAGCAAAAAAAUUGAAAGAUAAUCCAAAUUUUUUUAAAUUCAAUUUGAAUGAAAAAGAAAAUGAUGUAACACAAAAUUGUAAUAAUUAUUUAUAUAAUAUUUUUGACAUUUUAAAAAAAAAAAUUAUAUUAAUAUGUAAUACAACCAAUAUAGAUGUUAGUUUUAUUGGGUUGUAUUUGCAAUAUAAAUAUCCAGAUAUUAUUUUUUGUGAUAUGAAUAAUAUGAAUAAUAUGAAUAAUAUGAAUAAACAUGACGAAGUUUCUUAUAAAAAUAAGAAUACAAGAAAAUUUGUAGAUGACGUUUUCGAUAAUUUGAAUUAUGAUAAUGAAGAAUAUCAAAAUAAAAUAUUAAUAAAUACAAUAAUAGAUAAAAUGUUAUAUUUUACUUCACAAACUAAUUCUAAUUAUUUUAUAUUUUCAGAAUUUCCUACUAAUUUAAAAUUAAUAGAUUUACAAAAAUUGAGUUUUUUUUUUGAAAUAAAAUUAUGUAUAUUUAUAGGAAAUGAUAUUUCUUAUUUAUCAAAUUUCGAAUUUUCAAAAAGCUUCCAAACAUCUUUUAGUUCAAUUUUUUAUUAUUUUAAGAUUACAGAUUCAUUAUUAAUAUUAGAUUUAAAAGAUGAGAAAUUUAAAAUAAAUAAUGUUAGACAUAUAGAAUCAGAUUAUGUUAAUAUUGACGAAAUAAAAAAUGAUACUUGUUUGAUUGAAAAGGAGAAUAAAAUAUUGGAAAUAAAUGAAGAAUCUAAAGAGAAAUCCAAUUCUGUGGAUUCAUUUUUAGAUGCAAAUUUGAUCAAUAUAAAAAAUGAGACUCAAAUUAAUGAUAAUGUAAAAAUCAAAAUUUUGAUGGAAAUAGAAAAAAAAAUAAAACCCAAAUUAAUUAUUUAUAAUUGUCCAGAUACAUAUGAUUUAAAAAAAUAUUUAAAAGAAAAAAAUAAUCAAAAUAAAAAUGACAAAUUUAAAUUUAUAUUUUAUGAAGACAUUUUCAAAGAUGUACAUGCAUCUAUUGUAGAAAAUGAAUCAGACGAGUAUUUGAAAAAGUUACUAAAAAAAAAAAAAGAGCAAAUAAAAAUUCAAGUGUAUAUAAAAUAUUUAGAAGACAAAUUAGGAAGCUCAACCAACUUCUUGUUCUCAAACAUCGUUCUGCUCGAUCUCCAAAAUGAAGAAGCGAAAGAAAAAGAGAAAGAAGAAGAGGGAGAAACGAAAGAAGAGGAAACGAAAGAGGGGGAAGUGAAAGAAGUGAAAGAAAAAGAGAAAGAAGAAGAGGGAGAAAAGGAAGAGGGAGAAAUGAAAGAAGAGGAAGUGAAAGAGGAGGGGGGCGAAAUGAAAGAAGAGGAAACGAAAGAAGAAGAGGUAGAAAAGGAAGGGGGCGAAGUGAAAGAGGGCGAACUCUUCAAACUUGCUGAACUAAAAAAAAUAAUACACUUCAUUUAUUUCAAAAAAGUUGAGGGAUAUCAAAAAGGAGAAGAGAUAAAUUUGCCAAUUUUGAAUGAUUAUAAAAUAGUAAAAUAUCAAAGUUCGAAAAAUGAGAAAGAUAAUAUAGCUACCGAAAUAUCUAAGAUGGAUGAUGAUAUUAAAAAUGAUCAAGUAGAAUUAGAAUUAAAAUUAGAAAGUAGUUUUAAUUUGAUUAGUGGUAUAGAAUAUAAUGAAGAAGAAAAGGAAGAUGAAAAUUUGUCAUAUAAAAAAGAGGAAAAAAAAUUGAGUUUGGAAAAUAGCCAAGUCAAUGACAUAAUAAAAAAUGAAGAAAAAUUCAAGACAAAAAAAUGUAGCGAAGAAGAAGAAUAUAAUAAAAAAUGGAAACAUAAAAUAAAUUCACUUUUAAAUAAGUAUCCAAAUAUAGAACAUAGUUGUAUAUAUUUAAACAGAAAUUUGCCAAAUAAUUGUGAUAAUAUAUUUUGUCCAAAAAUUAUUAUUUUAUUUAUGCCACAAAAUAUACAUUUACAAUUUUAUAUAUCAUUUAUGAUAUGUUCAGUUUUAAAAAAUUUUAUUUCUAUCAACAUGGAGAAUGUAUAUAUAGAGGAAUGUGUAAAAGGCAAGAUCAAAAAUAAAAUCAAAAGGGGGCGAAAAGGAGGACGAAAAAAUAAUGGAAAUUGUGGAAAUGGAAAUUGUGGAAAUGGAAAGUGCGGAAAUGGAGAGUGCGGAAAUGGAGAGUGCGGAAAUGGAGAGUGCGGAAAUGGAGAGUGCGGAAAUGGAGAGUGUGGAAGUGGAGAGUGUGGAUGUGGAGAGUGUGGGCAUAUAAAAAACCAAUGGUUGGGGAAUAAUAAUGGAAUACAAAAUUCAGAUGAUCCUAUUGAAAUAAAAACAAUAUUUGAAAGAGUAAUUAAUAAAAUAAAAAAUACAGAAAAUAACAUAUUAUUAACUGGUUUCCCAAUUAUUAAAAAUAAAUAUAAGAUUUCUGAUUAUUUCUAUCAAUUUAAUUUUUUAAAAAAUUAUAAAAUUGAUGGGAUCAUUUCUUUUUAUUUUAACACCUCAUAUUUUGGCAACUUAAAUUGUGAUGAAAAUAUUUCCAUAGAUAAAUAUGAAGACUUUACAAAAUUUAUUAAUAAGGAAUUUGGAUAUAAUCAUAAAUUAUAUUUUAAAACCAUAAAUGAUCAAAAUGAUAUUACCAAUGCUCUUACAAAUGUUUAUGAUAUGUUUCAAUUUCCUUGA